AUUGUGGCUCCGCCAAUCUAGCUGCGUGUCAACCACGAAAAACAAUAAACCCUGUUGUGCUCCUACCGCACAACAAGUAUGGCUGUAAUUCGUUAGUAGAGGACACAAAUUAUGCACCGCGGAAUUUCUGUGCUUGUAGAAAUCUAACGUGCCGUCAUACUAGGGGGUGAGGCAGGGGUAUUCUGCGAACACCAAUGCAGCCUUCGUAGCAGGCCAUACAGCUGCAACUGGCUCAACUGGAAACAAUACUGUGAUAACUACUGUCUUAAACGCGUUUCUACAAUUUAUUGUGACGUGAUAAAAGGCCGCAAACGUAACGGCAGCAUGGCUGCCUCCCGGCCCCUGACCGCAAGUUGCGCCGGGGUUGGUGCAGGUGUAGUGGGAGGUGCCGGAAUGGCCGAAACCCCACCGAAUAACAACGGUGGACAUCAUGGCGAUAUCGAGUGCUGCGGUGGCGGCGUUGACGCGGCAAAUGGUGAAAGCGGCGAGGCGGGGUGGCUAGCAGAGGGGUCCGAGUGUCUUACGCUUGAUUUUGGGCCAUUCGAGAUAGCGCAUCUUUGGGUACAGAUGCCACCUUGUGAAGAGUUCGUUGGCGCCAGACGAAGUAAACAUACGGCUGUUGCGUACAAAGAUGCGAUUUACGUAUUCGGUGGAGACAACGGGAGAGAAAUGCUGAACGAUUUGCUACGUUUUGAUGGACGAGACAGAUCGUGGUCGUCAUGUAGAGCGUUCUCCACUGGAGCAGCGCCAGCGCCGAGGUACCAUCACUCGGCCGUUGUUCAUGAAAGUUCGAUGUUCAUCUUUGGCGGCUAUACCGGUGAUCUUCAUUCAAAUCAGAAUCUCGCUAAUAAAAAUGAUCUUCACGAGUUCCGUUUCACGAAUGGUCAAUGGAUUGAAUGGAAGUUUGAAGGGAGGAUGCCUGUACCACGCUCCGCUCAUGGAGCGGCCGUGUACGACAAGAAAUUGUGGAUUUUUGCGGGUUACGAUGGCAACGCUCGCCUAAAUGAUAUGUGGUGCACAUCACUCGCAAAUAGCGGUCCAGGUGGUAGCGGCGCUGGGGGUCAGGCCGAUCGGGGUCUUACAGAGAAAAAGACUUGGGAAGAGGUAAACCAAUUAGGCGAACGUCCGCCCACAUGUUGCAAUUUCCCUGUUGCUGUGGCUAGAGAUUCUAUGUUUGUAUUCAGUGGACAGAGUGGCGCUAAGAUCACAAAUUCCUUGUAUCAAUUUCACUUCAAUGAGCGCAUGUGGACGAGGAUCUCAACAGAACAUAUUCUUCGCAACGCUCCCCCACCACCGACGCGAAGAUACGGGCAUACGAUGGUCGCAUAUGAUAGACACCUAUACGUGUUUGGUGGCACUGCUGACAGUAUUCAAAGCAACGACCUGCAUUCGUUUGAUCUGGACGAGAAAAUGUGGAGCGUGGUGGAACCUGCCACUAGCAGCGUCGUUCCCUCGGGUCGCCUCUUUCAUAGCGCAGCAGUUAUUGGCGAUGCUAUGUACAUCUUUGGAGGAACUAAGGAUAACAAUACCCGGUCGCGAGAGAUGUAUCGUUUUCAAUUCUCGUCGCAUCCGAAGUGCACCCUGCAUGAAGACUUUAGCCGUCUUUUGCGGAAUCGCUUGUUUUGCGACAUUGAGUUUUUGGUAGGUCAAGAAGGUAUCGUGGUACCUGCCCAUAUGGCAUUCGUUGCAGCGAGGUCCACUUUCCUAAGGGAAAGAAUUCUCAGGGCAAAGGAGGAACAGGAAGAACGGGCUUUGCUCGAAGGGAACGGACCAAGUGACACAAAUACGUGUUCGAUGCUUUCGGUCCGCCUUCCGGAUGUACCCCCGGAGGCGUUUCAGCUAGUCCUUACGUACAUUUACACUGACUGUAUUGAUCCCACUGAUGGUGACGUCAGUCACAAAUGGGAGCCAGGCUCUAACCAUAUCGUUUUGCUCAUGAUGCAGGUAUAUCGCUUAUCAGUAGAGUUUCAGAUGCGACAGCUGGAACAGCUCACGGUGCAGUACCUUGAAGCAGCUAUCAAGCACCGUAAUGUUCUUCUAGCAUUGCAAAAUGCCUCACAGCUUAAACUCGACUCGAUUAAGGAGUUUUGUUUACGUUUCAUUGUGAAGGAAUGUAAUUAUAACCAGAUAGUUAUGUCCAAAGAGUUUGAGACCAUUUCACAACCUCUCAUGGUCGAAAUUAUUAGACGACGUCAAGCACCUCCUCAUCGGGGUCCUAUGAUAAGUGGUGGAGUUUCGGGAAACAGCCUUGUAGGAGGAGGAAGUAGUGGCAGCAAGGGAGGGCCCGAUGGGACAGUGUCGUCGUCAUCUACUGCAACAAGUGCUGCUAGUGGUGGUAGUGCGGCCGGAGGUGCUGGGAGCGGGGGUUCGAACCUGGAGCAGGACAUGGCUGCCCUUCUUCGAGAGGUGGGCGGGCCUGGUGGAGAUUUUACAGACAUCACCCUUAUGCUAGAUGGGCAGCCCGUUAGGGCUCACAAGUGUAUUCUCGCCGCCAGGUGUUCGUACUUCGAAGCCAUGUUCCGCUCGUUCAUGCCUUCAGAUAACGUUGUGAAUGUCGCGAUCGGCGAGAUGGUUCCUUCUGCGCAAGCGUUUCACACUUUGCUCAGAUUUAUUUACCAUGGAUCGGUGGACAUGCCUCCGGAGGAUUCGCUUUACCUCUUUUCGGCACCGUAUUUUUACGGUUUUGCGAAUAAUCGCCUACAGGCAGCCUGUAAGCAGAACCUCGAAAGGAAUGUCACUACAGACAACGUCAUUCAGGUUCUGGAAGCCGCCGAUAAAAUCCAGGCGGUGGAUAUGAAAAAACAUGCUCUUUCGCUGAUCGUGAAACAGUACCCGCGUGUGGCCAAGGUGUCCCGCCUGCGUCAGCUGUCGCGCCAUUUACUGUUGGCCAUUCUCGAUGCUCUGGCCGACGAUAUGGCUCGUUCAGGUGGCAAACUCCGACCGGACAUCAGCUAUUCAAAUCUAUGCGGAACGGAAGGCGGAGUUGGAGCCAGUAGUAACUGUGCCAGUAGCGGUGCAAGCGUCAAUGGGAGUAUAGCAUCAGGCUCCAACUAUUAUUAUUAUACGCCUCAGCAGCAAGCAUCGUCUGGUAGCAGUGGUGCGCACACCAGCUAUUACCAGUUGGAGCACCUGGCUAGCAAUCGGGACUGAAUUAUUGCUACGACGCCUCCCUGUAUCCAUAUAAAAACUUUAUAGUCGAUUGAUUCAUCACCGAGUGCUGUCGCUAAACUAGCUCGAAUAUAAGGCCGUUUCGCUGUGAAACGGCCCUUAGAGAAACGUAAAUUCAGUUAAGACAAUAACGGCGAUUAGCUACGAACUCGACUCAAUUUUGCGCGUAUAGACCUCGGACAACUGCUAAUUUUGUUUUUAGGCAUAUUUCUACAAAAAUAUUUAGUACUAAAAGUGAAGGCGUUGGGUCGCUGUCUUCCAAGCAGAUGAAAAAGAAUGGGAACUGGCCAAUAUGUGGAAAAUUCAGUUGAAAAGAUAGCUGAAUAGUGGUCAGACAAUAGCGUGCAGGAAUAGAUUGUCUAACGCGACAACUAACAAUUAUAUCGAUUACGUAUAAAGGAUGUUGUGAAGAGACGAGGAUAACAUCAGCUCUGUUCGGUAGUUUGUGCUCUAGACAUGACGACAAGAACAGGCUACGCGAAAUGUUCCGUUGCAUUUUUCGUGCAUUUGUGACCUACCCUUUUGGACAUCAGUGGGAUCGCCGUCAAUAGAGUAAGCAAUAGAAGAAAGGCAGCAAAGUAUUUUGGCUGGAUGACUCUGCAUAACGCCCAUGGGAAACGUGGUGCUGCUCUUGGUUUUAAAUUGCUCUUUUGGUCCACGGUUUCGUUAACAUAACCACCGAAAAGGAAAUUAGAGUUAGUGUCUUUAAAAAAAAACGUAUAUAUACAAACAUGUAUAUGAGGAGAUAAUUAAAGGGACAUCAAUAAAGCAAAGCAACUGGAAUGCUGGUUCUAACAUAGGGGCGUACUUCAUGUGUGCACCUGAACUAUUCGAGGCAGCAGUCAAUAAGACGAAGCAGUUAACCUUUGCUAGUAUCAUUGCCAUAGUAUUACGAACUAAUUUUGUGCAGUCUAUUUUUAGAGGCAAUGAUACGCCAUGGUUGAAUCAUGAUAUUUAAACGGUGACCUACACAGCGGUAUUGGUAAAUAUAAGUAGAAAUUAGAUACUUAAAUUGUUAUGUUGAAUUUCUAAAUCUAGCAUCACGUAACAUAACAAGAAACGAAAUGAAAAGAACAAAAAACAGAGGCUGUUUUAAAAUGAUAACUGCAGUGAUCUGUAUUGCCAAUAAUUGUUGUCUGUUAUAUUAUUGACAUAAACAGAUUUAGCUAUAAUUAUCAUAUUGAUGUACUUUGAAUAGGAAAGUUAUAAAUAAAGA